GCCAGCCCCGGCUCCCGACCAGCCGCUCCCAGCACUGCCCGGCACUGCCCGUCUCCGCACCCAGCCCCAAUGAGCAGGACGCCCCCCAUCAGACCCACGGCACGUGGAGCUGGCGGCAAAUAGAAGCUCUUGGAAAGCAAACAAAGGAGAAGCCGCGAAACCGCGAGAUCUUCAUUCGCCAGAAGCCAGCAGUGCUCGGACCAGGGGGACACCAGCGCCUACAGCACAGGAGAGAACAUGAGUCUCCUCAAAGAGCGAAAACCAAAAAAGCCGCAUUACAUCCCAAGGCCUCCAGGAAAGCCCUUCAAGUAUAAGUGUUUCCAGUGUCCCUUCACUUGCAAUGAAAAGUCACACCUUUUCAACCACAUGAAGUACGGUCUCUGCAAAAACUCCAUCACCUUAGUGUCAGAGCAGGACCGAGUCCCGAAGUGCCCCAAAUCCAACUCUCUGGACCCCAAGCAGACCCAUCAGGCAGACUCGGCAGCAAAGCCCACCUCCGCCAAACCCGUCUCCAACGGGCUCCCACACUUUGAUGCCAAGCUCCAGCAAAGCCUCACCAAGGAUGACGUGAAGGAAAACCUAGAACUGCAUGCACGGGGGCCCCACAGGGGCCCAGGACAGAAGCCUGCCCUCCACGAGGAAGCUGCACCCCCGAGUCCAGCUCCAGAAGCCCCGCGGGGCACCCAGCCUGUCCUGGAAGGCAUUGUGCGGCCCUCGGCAUUCGUCCCAGUGGGAGAGCACAGGCUGAAGGGCCCAGAACACGCUGAGGCCCCCGAACUGCUGGCGCUGCCCAACCCCACGGCCAAAGCCACCGCCUUCCACACCAAGUCUGCAUUCCACACUCCCGGCUACCCAUGGAAGGCUGGCUCGCCUUUCCUCCCGCCCGAGUUCCCACACAAAAUCCCUUCUACAAAGGGGUUUAGUGCCAUUUCCCCUUACGUGCACCCCGCGAUCCCAGAGUACCCGCCGCACUUCUACACUGAGCACGGACUGGCCACCAUCUACUCGCCCUACCUACUCGCCGGGAACUCACCCGAGUGCGAUGCCCCCCUGCUGCCUGUCUACGGGGCCCAAGACCAGAGGCACCUGCUGCCUCCGCCGGGGCCGGUCCCGAAGCACCUGAACCCCCCCUCGGCCUACGACCAUUACAGGUUCUUCCAGCAGUACCAUCCCAACCUGCCCAUUCCGUACGGGUUUUACAGACCAGAGUCUGCGUUCUCCUCCUACGGUCUCAGACUCCCGGCCGUCGCAGGUGUUUCCAGAGAUCAAAGCUCCCACCUCCUGGAAGAAGCUGCCCUGCUCUACCCGGCCCUGAGUCCGUCCAAGUCAAGUCCUUCCAGCACCCACAAAAAGCACACCGAGUGUGAGAAGGAGAGCCCAACUCCCGAGGCUAAAGAUCGCUCCAAAGAUGAGCAGAGGGACGCAGAGGGGACCAAAAUGAGCCCUCGAGCCGGCAGCGCGGCCACGGGCUCCCCGGGAAGGCCGAGUCCCACCAACUUCACGCAGACAAGUCAGCCGUGUGCCGGGCCGUGCGGCCUCUCGGACAAGCCAGCCCCCGGCGUCCCAGGACGGCUCCAUCCGCCUGAACACGGCCUCACAGCCUUCAGGCCUGUCAAGAAGAGCGCAGAGUGCCCACAAUCGCAGGUUCUGGAGAACACAGACGAGUCUCCAAAGAGCCUGGACGCCACGAGCGGAGACGCUGCGGGUGCGGGUGCGGGUGCGACAGGAAGUGCCUCCCCCGGCCCGGAGGCCACACUGUCCGGCCCGGAGGACAGCUCCCGGACAGCCCCGCUGAACCUCUCCAGGAAACCAGAGGCUCCGCCAGCCACGCACAGCCCCGCGUACAAGGACUUCGCGGAGCUGCAGGACGUGCCUCUGAACCUGUCGGUGAAGGACCCCUGCAACGCCCUGCCCCCGAGGCCCCCGUUCCACCGCCCGCCGCGAGGCGCAGACCCGGACGCUGCGGCCGCCCCGAACCCCAACGUGCCCAGAGCCGAGGAUGGGCCCGAGCAGGCGCAGACAGACCCCAGCAGCCCUGACGCUGCUGCGCGGCCCCCAACAGCGCCCCCCGCGAGGGCCCAGGAGCCGGCAGCGGUGGACAGCAGCGACGAGCAGAAGCAGACGGCGGCCGUGGCCCUCUGCCAGCUGGCAGCCUACAGCCCGGGGACCGUCCGGGUGGGCGACGGGGAGCCCACGGCCCCAGAGUCCACCUGCCAGCAGGAUGCACCCACGGUCCACGCCACGGAGAACCAGGAGGCUCAGUGCGACCCCAGACCCAGAGGGCAAAAGAGGACAAGUCCGAGGGAUGCAGGGAAGUCCCAGCAAGGGACCAAGAAGACGAAGCCGAGCGACACAGCCAGAGUGUUCACUCUCCGGAAAAGAACACGGGUGUCCUAGUGCCCGGGCCCCGUGGGAUGCAGACACGCCUCCCAAAGCAGGUGGCAACAGCAGCAAAUCUCCACUGGCGCCUUCACUGUAUCUGGUCAAUUUUUUACGAUGCAGUUUCUUUUUUCUUCUCAAAAAAACACACCCCCCCCAAAAAAAACAAAAAAAUAAAAAAACGAACAAAAGAAAGAAAAAACUGCAACUUCAGUUUCUGUAAAUAUUAAGCAUGAAUAUUCAAAGGUGCUUUUACUUUUUGGUUGUAAAAAUAUUUAAAUGACUCAUACACUUAAGACUGAUGAGUUAAACUGCCUUUCAUUUUUGUAAAAUGUCACAUGGAAUACACAGACUAAAAGACAGCUUUUAGGUGUACACCAUCUUAUAGGAAAGCUUUAAAAAUACUUUUCUUAUAAAUACCUUAGUACUAAAACAAACUGCUUUAACUGUUUUGCUAACAAUUCUGCUGCACGUUUUCAAGUAAGUAACAGUUACUGGGGGGAAAAAAUGCCAGGAGAAAACAUUCCCAGUCCUGUCAUUAAAGUGCCCGAGGUAAAAACUACGUGAUUUGUUACGAGGACACACGAACAUCAAGAGGCUAUUUAUACACAUAAUUUAUUUCCACCAGGGAAAAACGUAUCGCGGGAGUGGCUAUACGUUCCUACUUCUUCAUGAUGCUACAGUGAAUUUCCCGACUCAUUCUGCCUCGUUUUCCACUUUCUAAAAUGAUGUACAUAUUGCCAAUUUUCCAAUAAACUCAUAGGUGACUUUAAGAGCA